AUGACGGCGCACGAUGUCGAAGCGAAGCCGCGCAAGGCCAUGAACCCGGACCGCCUCCGCAAGCUCAUCGACUCGCCGAGUAUCGCGAAUGCAACUCGUGACGUCCCCAUGGCGAUCGCCAAGCGGCAGACUUUAGUCACCUCGUGGAACGGGGAGCAGUGCGACGUCCGUCCAUUUGGCAAACUGGCAGCUCCAGCGCACGUCGUUCUGGCCAAAGACCUCCGAGAGUGCGCAAUUGGCGACGGAAAACCCGUUGCAGUGGUGCCCAGCGGCCUGCAAAUGAGCGAUGAUCAAGAUGGAUUUACCGCUCCGUUGUUGGCCAAGAAGGAAACUUUCGCUCAUGCUGCGGAGAUUGAGCACCGGGUUGUACCCGGAUCCGUGAUGUUGAGUGAAGGUAUCAUGACCCCACAGCAACGACGAGAGCGACUGCACUUUGAGACGGACCAUCUUCACGCCAAACGCGCUCUGCAUCGAGCUGACAUGAACGACCGCAGACUACACCAGAUCAUGUGCGAGCGACACUCGACGUCGGACGUGUUGGGGGCACAGCAACAUGCGUCAAGUGCAACAAGAGUCCGAGGUGAAGCAUAUAAGCCGGAUCUGUUAAGUCACGAUGCAACUGGAGCUUCUCGACGCGAGUACCAGAGCAAGAACUGCGAGGCAAACCCGCGGUUACGGCACCACGACAGACUUUUCAACGAGACUCCGCUCAAUUGGAACCAGCAAAGAGCGCAACAUUUACGCAACGAAAGCACCGGCGGACGUUCGUACGACAUCGUGAAUGGAGGCAGGGUGGAGUAUUACCCGCCUACCAUCCCGGAGAAGCAACACCAGUGGCAAACCCACCCAUCCGUUGGCAUCCAUCGAUACACUCGCUAA